GUCCCCGGAGGAUACUCUCGCUCUCGCUGCACCAACCUUCAAGGAAGGCCCAUGUUGAUGGCCAUCUUGUGCCUCGCUGGACUGUGUACCUUGUUCUUCGGCUAUGAUUUUGCCGUCAUGCCCCGGGCCAACAUCAACCCUGAUUACUGCAAGUACAUGCAAUCCGACAGUGAUAGUCACGAGGCUGCAGCAAGAAUUGGCAGCUUUGUUAGUUUCUGGUUCGCAGGAUUUCUUGUUGGUAAGCCUACUGCACUUCGAUCGUGGCCCAGUUUGUAUCUCAUUGGUCCGAUCUUGUCUGGAUCAUACGCAGACUCUAUCAGGCGCGUCCAGACCCUUCAGCUCAGUUCUCUCCUGGCCGGUGCCAACAGUUCCACAUGGAUGGGCGUCGCUCGAAUCAUCAGUGGAGUUGGGUGCGGAUAUCUCAACACUAUUUCGUCCAUCUGAACCUCUGAGUUGACAAAUUAUAACCAACAAAGAGCCUUUGUUGCCAUUCAAUAUGCGCUUGCCGUCUUUGGCGCUCAAGUAGUUUAUUGGAUGGAAUUUGGCUGCCUCAAAAUCGUUAGCCUACUCUUCCCCUGGCGCUUUCCUCUACGAUUUCAGGUUGUCUUCCUCCUGAUGGUCGUCGUUCUGGCGUUUUUCUUCCCGGAAACACCUCGUCAUUUAGCCCAAACUGGUCGCCUUAAGGAGGCGAAAGAGAUGCUUUCCCGUUGCCGC